AUGAUGACAACCUCCUCGCCACCAUCUGAUCUGUCUUAUCUUCUUGGAAAAUCUAAAGGCAGCGUGGCCACCACAGGAAAGUUAGGACAUCCAGGAACCUAUAGUAUUCGUGAUAGUCUACAGAUGGUGUGGGUGCUGGAGGGAAAGUCUUUAAUCGCAGUUCCUUCUGACGACAACAAUGUCAAACCUGCUACUAUUUUCUCAGUGCCAUGCACAGACCCUAACAUCUCUAAUGAAAAAGGCAGUCCAAUAUACCUGGGAGUCCAGGAAGAUCUCUGUCUGUUCUGUGCAGAAAUUAACGGCCAGCCUACUUUGCAGCUUAAGGAGGAAAGCAUAAUGAAACUGUAUGAGGAGAAGGAGGCAAAGAAGUCCUUUCUCUUUCUGCGCGGCAUAGAGGGCUCCACCUCCACCUUCCAGUCCGUUGCCUAUCUCGGCUGGUACAUAGCCACUUCCUCUCAGGCAAGACAGCCUGUCACCCUCACCAAGGACAGGGGAAAAACUUACAACACCAACUUCUAUUUCAGUUCUUUGCAGCCUAGGCUGUGA